AUGACUGCUCCUGAGUUCAUUUCGACAAAUGAAGAGCCUGCUUCUAAAGAACUGCUGUCGAAGAACACCCUGUCGAAGAGCCCGCUGCUGAAGAAGCUGUUGCCGACGAAUACCCUGCUGAAGAGCCCGUUGCUGAAGAGCCCGCUACUGAAAAAGCUGUUGCCGGAGGUGGUUUCGCUGAUUUACCAGUUCACAAUUGCUUACGUAUUCAAGUGUCUGCGAAGCAUUUGA